GAGGAAAUGUGCUUGUGUGAUUUGUUGUCAUAUACGCCGACUAUCUCCACCUUUAGAUCAAUGUCUCAUCCUGAAACCAACGUUAAUCAAGGUCUUCAUCCCUCCUGUCACCUCCAACCGGUGUAAUGCAGAAGUAACGUGUGUGUGCGUGUGUGUGUGUGUGUGAGUAUACAGGGAGGAAUGGAUGCAGACAGUAACAGUUAGGUACGCUGGGUGUCGACAGGUAACCAACAUUAACUGAAGACAGCGGGACUACACUUUUACCGUAGUUGAAGUCGCUUCCUCCGGCUGGAGCUCCCUCUCCAGUCGCUUUUUCUUGUGGGGUUUACCCGCCUCUCCUGUCCUCACCUCCGGACUCCACUUCGGUGUUUACCUCGGCAGAAGAAAUGUCGGAGGAAAAAAAGGACAUUCCUAACGAACUGUUCGAGAGUGUGCGGGAGGCAGUGGGUCGGAGGGUGAAGCUGACCCUGAGGCGCAAAGUCCAGCUGGAGGUCAAAGGUGACAAAGUGGAGAACAGAGUUCUGGCCUUGGCAUCACAUCGAGCAUAUCUGCUGACAGCUCGGGUCCCUUCCAAGGUUGAACAGUCCUUCAGCUACCUGGAUAUCCAGGGGAUCAGCAGCAACAAGCCCACUCAGUUGGUGCUGGAGCACGAGCGCGGUCCAUGGAGCCUCCGGCUGGCCUCGGUGGAGGAAGCGGACGAGGUGAUCGCUCACAUCGGCAGCUGUCUGCAUCGGAUCUGCCCCGUGGGUUCACCUGUAAAGGUGAUGAGGAAGAUGAGCUUGAAGCCUCCGGAGAGGACAGCAGCCCUUCAGGCCCUCUGGGACGACCAGGGCUCCGCUGACCUGGGGCCUUGUGGGGGUUUCUCUCAUCAGUACUGGUGUGUGUGUGAUUACCUGGGUCUGCCAUACAGAGAGGAGGUCCAAUGGGACGUGGACACCAUCUAUCUGACUCAGGACACCAGAGAGCUCAACCUGCAGGACUUUGUUCACCUGGAAAACAGGGAUUUGUUGGCAAUCAUAGCAGCUCUGGAGUACAACCAGUGGUUCACCAAACUCUCCACCAAAGACUACAAACUGUCGACAGAUGUUUGCGACCAGAUCCUCAGAGUGGUGGCUCGGUCCAGCCGGCUGGAGGAGCUGGUGCUGGAAAACGCUGGACUCAAAAGUGAUUUUGCUCAGAAACUGGCCAGCGCUCUGUCACAAAACCCCGCCUCCACGCUACACACACUCAACCUGAGCAACAACUCACUGGAGGACAAAGGUGCUGCCGCUCUGAGCGCUCAACUCACCAAGCUGCCCAUGGGCCUGAAGCACCUGAACCUCUGCAGGACCUCCAUGUCUCCUAAAGGUGUGAACAGCCUCUGUCACGCUCUCUGCGCCAACCCGGCUGUCGCCUCUACCCUCACACACCUCGACCUGUCGGGGAACUCGCUCAGAGGCGAUGACCUACCGAAUUUGCACAGCUUCCUGAGUCACUCAAACUGUCUGGAGGCUCUGGAUCUGUCCAACAGUGACUGCUCUCUGGAGCAGGUUUGUGCGUCUCUGCUCAGAGGAUCUUUGAAGCAUCUCUCUGUCCUCAACAUGUCAAAGACCGUCUUCUCUCACAGGAAGUGUAAAGAAAUCCCUUCGUCCUUCAAGCAGUUCUUCAGUUGUGCUCAGGCUCUGAGCUCAGUCAGUCUGUCAGGAACCAGGCUGCCGCUGGAGGCUCUGAAGGCCUUGUUGUUGGGGCUCGGCUGCAACCCAAACCUCAGUGACGUGUCUCUGGAUCUCAGCUGCUGUGAGCUGCGUUCAGGAGGCUCCCAGAUCCUGGAGGGCUGUAUCGCUGAAAUCCCCAACAUUUCCAGUUUGGACAUUUCAGAUAACAGUUUGGACAUGGAUCUAACCACUCUGCUGGUCUGGCUGGCAAAGAACCGAUCCAUCAGACACCUGUCGCUGGGCAAGAACUUCAACAACAUCAAAUCCAAAAAUGUGGCUCCGGUCCUGGACACCAUGGUUCACAUGAUUCAAGAGGAGGAAUCCCCGCUGACCUCACUCUCAUUGGCUGAUUCCAAGCUGAAAGCCGACCUCUCCAUCGUCCUCAACGCUCUGGGCAGCAACACCUCUCUGACCAAACUGGACAUCAGUGGGAACUCCAUGGGAGACAUGGGAGCCAAGAUGCUUGCCAAAGCCCUGCAGAUCAACACCAAACUCAGGACAGUGGUGUGGGACAGAAACAGCAUCAGCCCGCAGGGUCUACAGGACGUCGCUGCUGCUCUGGAGAAGAACUACACCAUUCGUUUCAUGCCUGUUCCCAUCAUGGACGCUGCUCAGGCACUGAAGGCGAACCCCGAGAAGACAGAGGACGCCUUACUAAAGAUGGAGCAGUACCUGCUCAGGAACCAUGAGACACGUAAAUACCUGCAGGAGCAGGCGUACAGGCUUCAGCAGGGAAUAGUCACCACCACCACACAACAGAUGAUGGACAUGAUGUGCGUGAAGGUGCAGGAUCACCUGAACUCUCUGAGGUUCACAGAGAACAGCUUGGUUUUGGAGGACAUGAAGGUGGCAGAAAACCUCAUGAAGGACGCCAGGAACUCCAAGACGCUGCUCCCCAACCUGUACCACCUGAGGAGCGGCGGGGCCAGGGGUGCUUGCGUCGGAGCCAUUCAGGACAAGCUGGAGUCGAUGGCUGGAGAGGUUGCCAGGGUGAUGGAGGAACAGCUACAGACAAUGCUGGUCUCCAUGGUGGACGCUGCUGAGGGUUUGUGUCCUCUUGUGAUGAAGAGGAGCAGCCUUCGUCAGGAGCUGCUGAGGGCUGGGGCAGGGCGGAUGACCAUUCCCCGCAGCUUCGUCACCACCACACUGCUGGAGCAGUCCGGGGUCGACAUCAUCAACAAGAUCAGUGAAGUGAAGCUCAGCAUGGCGUCAUUUCUGUCAGACCGUAUCGUGGAUGAGAUCCUGGAGUCUCUGUCCAGAUCACAGCACACUCUGUCUGACCACCUAAUCAGGAAGGGUCAGCCUCUGCUGCGUCAUGAGCCUCAGAUGGAGACAGAGGUCCUGGAUGAGACGGUUCUCCAACCAGACAACCACGAUCGGGAGCAGAAACAAAGCCAUGACCGGCAGCAUGGGCUGGAGGACAUGGACACCUGCAUGAUGACCAAGAGGAAGAGUAUUCUGGUCAGGAUGCUGCGCCCCGUCUCUGUGGCAUUUGAGAUGGAGUUUGACCUGGACAAAGCUCUGGAGGAGGUUCCUAUCCAUGUUGAGGACCCCCCUCCUCCUCCUCCUCCCUCACAGCCAUCGGACAGAAUGUCAACCUACCAUGGAGACCUCCCCGUUCCCCCGACCUCCGCGCACACAGAGACUCUCUGUCUGGGCGAGCUGCUACCUGUGGAGCACAAGACGCUGGAGCAUCGAACCAAACUACGACCGAAACCCAAGAAGAGGACAAAACCCAGCAGACCACCUCGGGAGGCCACCGGCAGCUCGUUGCAACACGAGGCGGAGCAGAACAGCAUCAUGGGAAAGCUGGACGAGGGCCUGGAUGACUUUUUCUCUAAGAAAGUCAUUAAACUCAGCUUCAAACUUCCCUCUGUCAGAGGUCCAUCCUCCAGCACGCAGGAAUCAGCAGAUAAGAAACGUGAGUCCAGAAAGAGUGGUUUCUUUAACCUCAUCAAAUCCCGGACGUCCCGCUCAGAGAAGAGCCACGGAGCCGCCUCCACCACUACACUGCAACCUGCCUCCUCCAACACUGCUCCACCCUCUUCCUCUGUUAGCCCAGUGACUGAGGAGAUGACACCCACAUCCCCGACACCGCCCGUGAAAACCCCUGCAGCCCAGGUGGAGCCCCAUCAGGAGCUCCACAGGGCUCAGUCCUCAAACAACACAGAUUGUGAGGUGGAGGCCUUUCCGACCGCUGCUGCUGAGGAGGAGAAGGAGGGGGAGAAUGUGGAGAGGAAGGAGAGCGUGGAGAAGAAGGACCACCCCCACAUACCCCGCCAUAUUGGGGUUCCUGUGAUGGGAAUGGACCUUCUAGCUGAGAUGAAGGCUAGACAGGAAAGAAUGGCUGUAAAGAAGUCUGAGUCGUCAACCUUGUUGGAGAAGGUGGAUGGGGACAAAGCAGACCCUGAUGAGUCCAAACCAGAGCCAGCUCCCAGGUCCAAACCACCGAGCAUCACCCCCAAACCGCCUCCAUCCCAGGCCACCAAACUCCAACAGGGGGCGCACACCUCUUGCCCAACCAGUCCCACCAGUCCAACCAGUCCAACCAGUCCCAGGGCAAACAGCACCUGCAUUCAAGAUGACUCUGAGGUUCCAGUAAGCAGCUCCUCUGCUAAAGGACCACUUCCUGCUCCUCGCCUGAAGAGGGCGCCAUCGGAGCAGGAGCGAGAGAGCACCAGCAGCAACAUUGCAGGACCCCUGUCUCCACUGGAGGUUGAUUUUUCUGGAGACGGCGGCGAUGCGUUUGACCCGCCCGGUGCAGGAAGCGAGCCUGGAGCCGGCGGUGGUAGGCAGUGGUCGUCCCUGAAGAGCUCAGCGAGUCCUCCUCCUGCCGGGGCGGAAGACCGGGAACGCACCAAGUCGCUCCCCACUUACGUGACGCCUCCAUCUCUGGCGGACACAGAUCUCAGUCCAGCUGAGGAGGAGGUUCAAUCUCCAUCUGACAACAAAUCAGAGGAGGAGUCCGGUGAAGACACGCCUUCAGUCUGAUGGUUGUUUAAAUCUCGCUCAAAAGUCUUUACUCCACCAGGGGAACAAUCACGUACAGACAGUAAAAGCCAGUGGAGAGUAAAUUGUUUUUUGUUUUUUUUUUGUUUUUUUUUUUUUUGAUAAGGCACAUGUAAACAGGGGGGACGCUGUAAAACUUUCAUCAGACGAGUUUCCUGACCUUGGAUCAGUCGAACUGUUCGGCCGAAUGGACACCAGAACAGUCCCACUACCGUCUCUGUCAACAGCUCUAAUAGGACCAUAAAGAGCUGUCCAGAUGGGUUUUAUCUGGUGCAGAGACAAUCUGUGGUUACUUACACAACCGGGUCCAGCUAUAAUAAGCUCAGUUAGUCCAAAACACUGAGAAUGAGUCUGGCUGUCCACGGUGUUUACAUGCAGCAGGUAAACUGUAACUCAGUGAGCUCUACCGUCAGCUUGUCUGGAGGUAAUGACUUAAUAUAGAAACUUUUUUAUCCUGCAAACAUUCACUCCUCAUCCAGGAACAGGCUGUUCACAGAUUAGAAAUCAGGGGCAGCAGAAACAUCCUGCAGCACUUUAGAAGAGGAACAACAACAAAAAACCAAAGCGAGUUCAAGCUCUUCAAAUCUUUAUUUUUAUAUAUUAUAUCUCAAAUAGAGUCAACCUCACAACGAGACUGAUUCAGACUGAAACAGAUGACUCUACUUUUGUGUCCUGUGACGGCUAACGAUGCUAACCUGACUGGGUUUUAAUGAUUUCAAGACAACAGAUGCUGUGUGAUGUGUCCUUGAGCUUUCAUUGGAGUUGUAAAUAAGUUUUCAUUUUAAUGUUAUAAAAUAUAAUGACUGCUCUUGACUAGAAAAUAUAUCAGGUCACCUGAGUUACUGUGGAUCGCAUAAUUAUCUGACUGACAAAAAAAAAAUCACAAAAUAUUCUGCUUGUGGGUCGAGAUUAUUCCUCUUGUUCCCAUUUAAUUUAACCUUAAGUGUCUGUAUCUUGAAAUGAGACAGAAUCAGAUUCAGAUUGUUGAAGUAGAGUCUAGAAAAAUCCCAUUAAAAUAAUCUGACUCCCAUCAGCAGAGAGGAGCAAGAACAGUGAUAUAAAUAUGGCUCUGUAAGGGGGAGAUUUGUGUAAAUGCUGCAUUGGUGUCAUGACUUGAAAAAUUGUUCACAUCAGCAUCUAACUCUAGUUAUGACUUCUGAAAGGUCCAAUAAAUAUAAAUUAAUGCCUUAUAUUAUUUUGAAAGGCACCUAACGCCAUUUAUUUUUAAAGUAUACGGACUAAACUAUCAAACUGUUUUUAAAAAGUCAAACUCAGCCGUCACUCACCUGUCUUCAGUUCACUUGAAAGCCUGUAAGUGAUGAACAUACGUUGUUGCUGUUCCUCCUCCAUGAUGUGAACGUGGCAGAAUCCUCAGUGGGUGGAGACGAAGAGCGACUGAUAGUUUACCCACUGAGGGUCCGCUGAACCAAAAAUUAGAAGUCAAAUGUCCUUCAGCCCUAAAAGGCAAGUGAAGUUUUUUUUGUUUUUUACCAGGAUAAUUUUUUUCUCCUUUUCAUCUGUAUAAACACCUUCAAGAGCAAGUGAUUAUUUUUUUCCCGGGGGGGGGGGCAUAGAAAAAUUAUUGGCCCCCAAAAUAUUUUUUUUUACUUGCCUUUCUGGGGUCGUUUUCACAGACAAAAAAAAUAUAUAUUUUUUUUUUUAGUGAGGAUUGCUUUGUGAGGAUUUGCUUUUGUAAUACUGCUUUUGGCCACAAGAGGGUGAGGUGUGCCACUACCACAGUCUAAACUGCGAGAACAACCCCUGAGGGCAAGUGAAAAAUAUUUUGGGAUGAUCGUUUUUCUAAGUUUUGUUUUUUCCAGAAAACAAAAACUGCCUCUCGGGUGGGGGGGUUUAUACAGAUGAAAAUAAACGUUUUCUUUCAACAACAAAAAAAAUAUUUUACUUGCUUUUUCUGUUUAAUGUAUGUGUAUAAAACAUAAAAUGUUCAUUGAUUUUACUCUGCUAUCAACACCGCUGCUGUAUCCUCACAUCUUGCCUUAUCACAUACUGAUCUCUGUUAAUCAUGUACUGCUGCACUUACAGAUGUUUUAUGUAUCAGUGUAAAUAUGUACUAACACUUGUUAAAGGUUGUGUUUAUAGAAUAAAUGGGUUUAAUCAGAGUGAAACACAGACACUGGGGUUUAUAUUGUAUGAUGAUUUAUUAUGGAUGAAACAUGCUGUUGACUCUGCAUGGAGUUUCAUUUAAGAUUCGUGGUGAUGGCUUUUAUCUUACUGGGAAAAUAUUGUUGUUAUUUUUAAAGAUUCAGUGAAACGCUGUGUUUUAUUGUUUAUAUGUUUGUGAAGCUACGAGUCUGAAAUGUGACGUCAGCUGUCACAUGUUUCUGUAUCUGUUUGUUUACGCCAAUAAAUACUGAUUCACUGCUCA